GCGGUGGUGGUGGUGGUGGUGGCGGUGACUCCCUCAGCAUGCACUAUUGCCAUCCUUUCUUACCACAUUUCCCCCGUGAAACCCACCUGGGGAUCUGGGAAGGGACCUGAGGGCGUCUAAAAAUAGCCCGCAGUGUAACACAUCCGGACAUCACGCCCACACUUGCCACAAACGGGCGGGCAGACACACGGACACACACACACAACACUCACACCCUCUAGACACACGACAAUGACGUCACCUACUGGGAUGGCGUGGCGACCAAUCAGCGAGGCGGAAAUCCAUGACGUCACAGCCACACACCUCUCAGCUGGAGGACCAAAACAAUCAUCUCAGUCACUCUCGAGGCGUCACGGGGGGAGGUUGCGCGGCCUCUCUGUCGUCUCAUUCCACUCGUGUUAGCCCCGUGGUCCCUGUCAAAUCACCAAACUGGCGCUCGAUAGGGACAAAAUGAACUUCUCCUUCGCCGGCUGUGGGUUCCUCGGAAUCUAUCAUGUCGGCGUUGCGGCCUGUCUUAAGAAAUACGCCCCUAAUUUAUUGGUAAACAAGAUAUCGGGGGCCUCUGCCGGGGCUCUGGCGGCCGUGUGUCUGCUGUGUGACUCCCCGCUAGGUACCAUCACCUCGUCAGUGCUCAAGACGGCAACGGAGGCGAGGAAGCACACACUGGGGCCCUUCAGUCCGACCUUCAACGUGGAGAAGUUGCUGCGUGAGGGACUUCUGAGUGUAUUGCCCGACGACGCCCAUCGCAUUGUGAGUGGCAAACUGUUCAUCUCCGUGACGCGGGUGAGUGACGGCAAGAACAUCCUGCUCUCCCAGUUCGACACCCGCGAGGAGCUAAUCCAGGCGCUGUGCUGCUCGUCGUUCGUGCCUGGGUUCAGCGGAUGGGUGCCCCCUGUGUUCCGCGGCGUGCGCUACUUGGACGGCGUGCUGAGCGAUAACCUGCCCAUGCUGGACGCACACACCAUCUGCGUGAGUCCCUUCGCGGGCCACAGCGACAUCUGCCCCAGGGAUAACAGGCACAUCUCCCUCGCGGGGCUGCUCUGUUCUGCCUUCAUCCCUGGCUUCAGCGGGUGGGCGUGUCCCAAGGUGCGGGGGGUUCGGUAUGUGGAUGGCGGGUUCACGAAUAACCUUCCAGAGGUGGACCACGGCACUGUCACCGUCAGCCCCUUCUGCGGAGAGAGCGACAUCUGCCCUAAGGACACCACCGCGGGGCUUGUCACGGUGAAUCUGGCCAACACGAGCAUUGAGCUGAGCAAGGAAAACUUAUACCGCUUCGCUCGCAUUCUGUUUCCGCCGCCCCCCGAGGUGCUAAGCAAGAUGUGUCAGCAGGGUUUCAAUGAUGCCCUUGACUUCCUGCAGAGAAACAACCUCAUCAAUUGUACCAGGUGCCUCGCUGUGCAGUCCAGCUUCAAUUUGACAGAGUCUCGUGAGGAGGCGCGGGAGUUGGUGUCGGUAAAUCACUUCCACGACCCAGAGGAUAACUGUAUUGACUGUAAGCAGCAGCGCAAGGAGGCCAUCCUGGACCAGCUCCCAGAGGCGGUGGGGUCCAUCCUGCAGGACGCCAUCACUUCUGCCAACGAGGGUCUCAUGAACUGGGUAUUCAAGCACAAGUCCAUGAAGCUGCUGUCUGUGCUCAGCCUGCCCUAUGUGCUGCCCAUGGACAUUGCCUACUCUGCCUUCCUCAGGUUCAUGGCAACGGCACCCACCAGCAAGGACCUGCAGAGUCUGGCCCGGCAGGUGAUCACGCUGGUCAAGGCCCUGCUCAGGAUGUCUACUAAGAGCUCCCUGCACCACCAUCACCGCCGCCUUGACACCAAGUUCUCCUGCCAGCUGGCCAUCACGCAGUUCUCAGGUGAUGUGGAGAUGCAGCACAUUCAGAACAGACAGAACUUCGACUUCACGCUCGACCUUGACACCAUGGAGGGUGUGCCACAGAGCCACAAGGACGCCAUGCUGCUGGAGUCACAGGCGCUGGCGGAGGUGGCCCUGCGCUGUGCCUCCCGCUCUGUAUCGCACGCUGGGUCCCGCAUGACCUCCCGGGUGCAGUCCAGGGCUCCAUCCAGGGCUGUGUCCCGUGCCGUAUCCCGCCGGCCAUCCUUCAGUGAGGAUGGGGACACGGAGGAUGGCAUGAGCACCCCCGCAGCGGCCCUGGUUGGAGAGGAUGCCUUUGAGAGGAUCCUGGAUGUCACCACACACCAAGAGGCUCUCAUGGCGUACUACUACCUGGACGACAACAACGAGGUGAGAGUGACGGAGAUCUUUGACAUGACCAAUGCAGACGAGGACCUGGAUGUCUCAGGUGAUGCGGGGCACUACCACACCUCCUCCUCCCCUCACUGGGCUGCCGUGCACCCUCACCAUCACCGCACCUCCCUCGGGUCAGAGGAGGAGCUGGAGGAUGACAGGCCAGCAGGUGAUGGGUGCGAGAUGUCCCCCUUCACGCCCUCUGACACUGAGUCUGAGUACUGCCGCAGACACGACCACAAUAACCCGGAGUCUGAGCAGAUGUUUGGCACCGCAGGGGUUGUCUGAACCACCACCACCACCACCACCACCACCACCACAGCCAGUACCAGAUGCAGCACAGAGCCAGGAGUGGUGUGUGUGGUGUCUGUGCCGGGUCACCAGUGUUGUCAGGCAGCUUGUGACGGCAGAACAUGGGGUCAUAUUUUGAAACACUUCUGGCCACACCACUAUUUUCAGAAGCCUUUAAUUGAAGCGAGAGGUUUUUAAUUGUGUUUUCAUGGCUUCAGUGACAGAUUAACAAGACUUCCAGAUUAUCAACAGGAGGAACACUCUUGAGAACAUGUCUAAUUAUAUCUGUCGUGGUGAGAAAGCAAAGCAUUUCUGUGUACUAGCCAGGGAUGUAAUUGGAGGGGGGGUGCUGUGCCAGGCCAGUGUUGCUGUACUGUGGUGGCCAGCAGCAAUAUACCUCUGUGCUGUAGUGUUUGGUGUGCUGCAGUGCUCCUGUGGCCUUGUGAUGCUGUCUUGUGUCUUCCCUGUGUUGCCUGAGGUGUGCCUUGAGUUGUGUGGUGUUCUUGUCUUCCGUUUCUUGUGUUCUGUGUGUUGUGGGGUGAAGAGGUGUGUGUUUUUCUCUCUCAGGCCGCCUCUAUUGUUCCAUCUUUCCUUGUGCUGUGUUGUGAGUGAGGUGCUGUUGUCUCUGCCUGUAUGUUGUGUUGUGUUCCUUGUGUUACGUGAGGGAGGUAUUCCUGUCUCACUGCCUCCCUGCUGUUUUGUGUUCCUGACGUCAAGCUUCCUGUGUUGCUGUGUUGCUGUGUUGAAGGACGACAGCCUGCACUGACAGCGGGUAAUAACAGAAAUACAUAUCUAUGCUUUACGUAUACAUUGUAACCAAGGGCAUCACGUAUUACUAGUAUCAUGUAGCGUAUAUUUUUUUUGUAAUGACUUAUUUGUAUUUUUGUAGGAUUAAGGCAAUCUUGUCACACUCUUAGAAACUAGAUCAUUAUUUUUUGUUUACAUUUACGCAUACUGUAUCCUCAUUUUACCUGUGUGUGUGUGUGUGUGUGUGUGUGUGUGAGAGAGAGAGAGAGAGAGAGAGAGAGAGAGAGAGAGAGAGAGAGAGAGAGAGAGAGAGAGAGAGAGAGGCCUUCCUCUGUUGUAUCAUAGCCAGAGUGGUAAGGUAAGAGUGAGUGGUGUGGCUUUGAUUGAGUCUUGUCUGUGUAUUGUGUGAUUGUGACCAGCUGAGUUGUGUUAAUGCUGUCUGCUUUGUCCUCAUGCUUCUUUUUCUCAUCCUUGUCUCAUUAUUCUGGGUUCUCUUCCUCCUCCUUGUAUCUUGUCUUCUUACUUCUCCUUAUCAUCAUCUUUGUUUUUAUUCUUCAUUCUUGUCUGUUCUUUUCCUCCUUUUUGUUUCUCGUUUCCUUCCUUCCCUUUCUCAUUUCUUUUAUUCUUUAUUCUUGUUUAUUCUCUUCUCCUUGUGUUUUGCCUUCCUUCUCCUCUUCCUCAUCUUGAUUUAAUUCUUAUUCCUCAUUCAUGCUGCUGCUCCUCCUCCUCCUCCUCCUCCUCCUCCUCCUUGUCUUGCUGUAGAGUCACACCAACGCAGGCCCCAGUGAAGGGCACACAGGGACACAAAGGAAGAGUACAGGAAUGGUGCACUGCUGCCACUGAGAGGGACGAGGAACUCUCUCUUGUGUGUGUUUGAGGCAAUACAUGAGUGAUAUCUUUGCAGGAUCUCAGCCCACUGUAUAGACAGACUGUUAUUAUUAUGUGCUUACAAGUACAUCCUUAAUAUGAUAACUAUUUAAGGGGGAAAGCCAGUUAAUUGUAUAGUCAGUACCCUGCAUCUAUUGUGGUCUCAGGAUUGGAGGUGUGGGACAGUCUUAUUAUGAAGGGCAGGGGUGAACCAGUGUGUGCUGUGGGCCUUGCUGUGGAAGUGUGUGGCCACCUGUGGUGUGCCUGAGCUCCUGGGGUGUAGUAGGAUGAUUCACGAGACUGUCCCUUUCCACCAGGAGCUGAUGCGGCUAAGAGUGUGAAUGUGAGUGUGGUGCCUUGUGUGGGUGGCCACCUUGUGGAGCUGCUGGUUUGGUGUACAGACAUAUUGACAGAUUAUUGUAUACAGUAAACCUGUAAUAUAAUAAGUAUUUAAGGGGGAAAGCCAGUUAAUUAUAAUAAUCUUUUUCUUCUAUGUCAGACUGGCCAGGGACGCAAAAAAUAGUGUAAUUAUUAUUGGCUUGGUGUAUAGAGAUUAGGUAUAUGAGAUUAACUGAAUGGUGUUGUGUGGUAGUGACAGGUGUGGUAGCUGUAUUGGAUUAGGAUCACUGUGUGUUAGAAGAGGGGUGUUGUGUGUUGAUGAUAGAGGUAAAGUGUUGCUGGGAAGGUCGUGUGUGUGUGUAUGUGUGUGUGGUGGAAUGUGUGUGUUAGAUGGGAGUAUAAUGUGUCAAGCAGGGCCCCAGUGUGUUAAGUGAGACCUCAGUGAAUUAUGUGAGAUCCUGAUGUGCUAAACAGGGACUUUUUAGUGAGUUAGUGUGUGAUAUGCAUUCCAAUCCUGCCUUGCUGUUCACAAAGACAUCUUACUUCACACCUGGUGAAUGUGGCUGUGUGUUAGUGGUAUGUUCUGAAAUGCUUUGUUCUUCCAUUGUGACUGCAAAGGCCACAGAUAAUUACUCAGGUCCCUAUGGAUGUUUUUUUUUUAACCAGGAGUACUAUCAGCAGAACCACGGAAGUACCCGUGAAGAUCUCGGCAGCUUCCACAACACUGCUAACUGUUUCCUUGUGAUAUGCAGCAACUCUGAACACUAAACUAAAUGUGUGAAAUCUUUAUAAGUGUCCACAAGGAAGAAAGGGAUUAGAGGAAUGGAGUUUGCAGUUUUUAGAAAGUAUGAUAUUUGGACGUGGCUGUAGAAGUGUCUCAGAGUGGUUAGUGAUUAAAGAUGUGUCAUAGCAGUGGAAGGGUUAAGAGUAGUUGUGAUCAGAAUGAAUGCUUGGCUGUCACCACCACUGCCACUGCUGCUGUCAGUUUUAAUGGGAGGUGGAUUGUGGAGUCUUGCAUUCUGGCACUGAAAUUCAUGAAAUGUUACCUCAUGUGUGGGAAUUGUGUGUGUGCUUGUGAAACUGACUUCUUUUAUUCUGUCACUGUACAUAUGGUGAAGUGUGCUGUGAUGCAUUCCAGUACUGCUGUGUUAUGAAGAGAUGUAUUAUUACCUCAUGUGUGGGAACUGUGUGUGUGUGUGUGUGUGUGUGUGUGUGUGUGUGUGUGUGUGUGUGUGUGUGUGUGUGUGUGUGUGUGUGUGUGCUAUUGUGGUCUUCAAAUGGACUCCUUCCCUUAUCCUGCUGCUGUACAGAAGGUGAAGUGUGAAUUGAAGCAUUCCAGUAGUUAUAUUAUGAACAAAACUAUUACCUCAUGUGUGGGAAAUAUUGAAAUUUGUGAAUUUGUAUUAGUGUACUUUAUUCAGUCACAGUGUAUGUCAGGCUGGAUGCAGAGUGAUGCAUUCCAGCACACACCGAGGCUGAUGAGUGUCACCUCAUGUGUCGGGGUGAUGUGUGUGUUGUUGUGCUUGUGAAAUGUUCGCUCAUUUCCCCCAUCACAUGUUACACAAGGUGAAGUGCAAACCUGUACAUUCCAGCCAAGUCAAAUUUUACCUGGACAGAAUUACCUGGUGUGGGAAAGAUGUACCUGCGUGUAGUGGUGUUGUAAGACGCCUGGCUCUGUCACUGCUGCCGCUGUGAACUAAUACUCAGGCUCACUGUCAUAGACAUUUAUAAAAUAUUUGAAUGACAAUGAAAGGUAUUGUGAUGAUUUAAUUUUCACAGAAUAGUAACUCAGACUGAUUUCAUUUAGCAUUCAUUGAUAAAAACACUCAUUUGAUUGAAUUUCCACCACAUAAGUAAUCAAAAUAACAAACAACACAUAACUUUCAUGUGUUUUUUGCCUCACAACUCUGACAGUGAUGCAUGAAACAGGAAGACAGUCAUUCCUGCACCACAGCCUGAACACACAGCACUCAGUGACUCCCCCUGCCAUAAUACAAACACUGGCUUGGCAGCCAAGUCUGGCAUGCUGAGAGGAGCUGGCCAGGCACUGCAGCACUGAGGCACUGCCACCAACAUUCAGCUGCUUGUACCAAUGCAGGGUGUUAACAGUAAUACAUGUUGGUAUUAUUGUGGUGGUGGUGAUGGAGUCAAGCUGUGUGUGUGUGUGUGUGUGUCCAUUCAUCUGUAUUUCUCUAUGCACACGGAUCUGUGUAAUCUUCCAUCCUGUCAGUGGUGUGUGUGUGUGUGUGUGUGUGUGUGUGUGUGUGUGUGUGUGUGUGUGUGUGUGUGUUUCAGGACUUCUGGAAAUAACCUGAGGCUACAAAUUUCAUGAUCAACUAAUUUAUUCCUAUGCAUUUUUUUUUUUUUUUAUUCUCCCCAAGUCAUGACCUGCACAGUGAAAGGCUCAGAAAUGAGAUUAAUGAACUGAAUUAACCAAAAUGUAACUUAACUGAAACUAACCCUCAGAUGAAAACAAACUGAUGUUAUUUCAGUAAUAUCCUUCAUGUAUGUAUGUAUGUGUAUAGAUGUAUGUAAUCUUCCAACCUAUUAGUGCCUUGUGUGUGUGUGUGUGUGUGUGUGUGUGUGUGUGUGUAUGUGUGUGUGUGUUGACAUAUCUAUUUAUUCCACUAAGUCUUUCAGUACCAGACAAUCAUAUAUUCCUGAACCAAAGCAUUACCAUCUGUGAUCGUGUCAGGCUGAGGUGAACCAUUAACUGUGUAGACCAGAGCCAGUCCCCUCACCACUCCAUACAGGGUACUGUGUGUGUGUGUGUGUGUGUGUGUGUGUGUGUGUGUGUGUGUGUGUGUGUGUGUGUGUGUGUCCUGUCCUGUCCUGUCCAUAGCAUGCCAAGAAAAGUGUCUUGGAUCUGUUGGAAGUGUCUUGUUCAGCAGCUAGAUAGACACCUAUGUAUAAGAGAGAGAGAGAGUGAGAGAGGUAUUAUACGGGGCCUUCUUUUGUCCUGUCUCUGUUUCUCCCCGUCAUUCUUACAACAAGGGUAUAUUUCACUGACUCUUUAAUGUGUGUUUGUGUGUUCCAGUCAUCCCUAAAAAUUUCUCAUGUCUUUUCAGUUAUCUAUUUUUUCUCCUGUUCUUUCUUUCCAUGUGUAUGUUUGUGCGUGUUCAAAAACUUUUCCCCGUUGUCUAGUCUCUUUUCUCCAUUUAUGUAUAAAAACUUUUAAUUUUUUUCUUAUAUCUUCUCAGUUAUCUAGUCUCCUCUUCUCUUCUCUCUCUUUGUGUGUGUGUGUGUGUGUGUGUGUGUGUGUGUGUGUGUGUGUGUGUGUGUGUGUGUGUGUGUGUGUGUGUGUAUACCAUUAACAAUAGCCAGUCUUCCCCAAAACUGUCACUAUGAAGACAUGUAUUGGGAUAUGUCUGUGAUGUGGCUGCUGUGAUGCUGUGGUGUUCCUCUGAGUGAGCUAGUCCCCACACACACACCAGACAGUCAUGUGCUGUGGGUGUCACUGUGUUCUGUACUAUGUAUCAACUUUAUUUCGUAUCCUAGAAGUGUGUGCAUAUUUAUGUGACGCAAUAAUAAAUGGUUUGAUGAUGA